AUGGCUACCGUAUGGUCAUCUAACGAAAAACCUAUUAACAUUCAGAUAAAUAAAGCAUUCUACAAUGGGGCACAACUGAAACACGAACUUUCAGCGCCCUACGAAUUGCUUCUUCCAGCGAGCAUAUCUGCACUUGGCUUUGCUACAUUCUUCUUAUCAAAUCAAACAAAAAAAGAAACGGUGGAAUAUGCAAAAAUCCGUUCCGUCCAAGAAUUUGCGAAAAAAGAUCAGGCAGAAGUAAAUACAACAUUUAUGAGCAAUGAGCAUAUUGAGCUUACGUUCGAUUCAUCUGGCCAGUUGGUAUCGUUGAAAAACCUAGAAAGCGGAAAAAUAACCAAAUUAAGGCAAGAGUUCCUUAUGUACAAAGGAAUGGGUUUUGCUAAGCCCAAAAAUCAAUCUUCCGGAGCUUAUGUCUUUCGACCAAAUGGUACCAAGGCGUUCCCUAUUACAAAUGCUACAUCAUCUGCACAAUUUGUGAAGGUAUUAAUUAGAUAUCAUUCCAACGCUAAAAGACAAUUUGGUUAUGAGUUCAGGAUAUUUGCAACGCUAUAA